AGCAAGAUGAAGAAAUCUGAGAGUGUCGUGCUCAAGGUCCAGAUCAACUGUAACUGCUGUGCUCGCAAGGUGAAAAAGGCGAUCGGUCAAGUGGAAGGAGUGGAAUCCAUCACUGUGGAUCUCACACAAAAGAAGGUGACGGUCACUGGCAGCUUCGACUCGAGCAAAGUCGUCAAGCAAAUCGCCAAAAAGACUGGCAAGAACGUCGAGCUGGCCGGUGCCAAAGACAGUAGCGGCGCCGCCAGAGGGUCGGAUCACAAGGCGGUGGGCGGCGGCGGGAACAAGGUGAAAUCUUCUGGCCAGCAAGAACAGCGCGAAAGUGCUACGACAUUUCCAGUCGGGGAUUCCUUCUUCUUCAGUGAUGACAAUCCAAAUGGUUGCUCUAUCAUGUGAAUGUUGAGGUUCUGUUCUUGUUCCUAAAGUUCCUCAAGGUUAAUCCUUUGUGAAACUACCAUAUCCGGAAUCAAUAGUUUGUCAAAGAUAUGACAUUGAAGACGAAA